GGUGUCCGUGUGGGGCCGGUGUCUGUCUGGGGCCGGUGUCCAUGGAGUUGCUGUCCUGGCUGACAGGUCCGAGGCGUUCGGCGGUCCCACGGGCACUGCGGUUGGCUCUUGCUCCUCUGCUCCGUGCUGAGCCAGUGUCCCUCGUUCCUGCUGGCUGGCAGUGCUGGGGACAAGGARCUGGCAGUGCUGUCUGGGUGGGAUUGUCACUGGGGAACGUGAGGGCGGGCACAGGGGCUGCCCCUGGAUGGCAGCUGCCAGGUGGAAUAUGUGUCACGUUCCAACGUUAAUUACAUUAAUUGGCUGUCGGAGGCGGUGCUGGCGCCUGCUCUGCCUCUGAGGGGGAGUGUGAACAGCUCAGUCUUUGAUGUCCUGCGCGCGGGGGUGUCCCUGUCCCACCUUGCCAUUUAUCCCCAGCUCAGAGACAUGUCCCCACGUGCCUGUGGGGACACAGCCCAUACGAGCCACACACACACACAUGUGGGCAUGUGCCUCUCUCCAACCCCAAAUAAUGUGGUGGUUACAGCAGCUGGCUGAGAGGUGAAAGCCUCAGGCAGAGUCUGACCCCGGCGGGGAUGCUCUGGAGCCUUGCAGAUUAAAGAGAACCCUUGACCACAAKGCUCUGGCCGCAGGGUGGACACACUGGUAUGUGAGCAAUGUGGGCGUUCCAGCAGGACACAGGGACGGAGCCAGGGCAGCUCCUCUGGCACAAGGAAGGCAGGCAGGAGCCCGACCAUCCCCUCAGGUUGGGGUCUGCCCUGAGACACGGGUGACCCCAGGCACCCUCCUGGCACUGCAGUGCCCACCAGGCUUGUCCCACCAUACUGGGAUAUGAUGCCCAUGGACCUCCUGGCAUGAGCAGUGGCAGCUCCAGAGUCCAUCACACCGAGCAAYGAGCACAAAUGGUUGGAUUGUGAUGGUAACCCCAGUGCUCAGGAAAACUAAGAUUAUCUCAGUGCCUCUUAUCUUUUCCAGAGGCCCAGGAUUAAGCUGGGGUGAUGAAACAGUGCAAUGUCCUUCUGUCCGUCCCUGCCAUCAGUCUGGUGCUGUGCUGGGCUUGCGCAGGUGUUGCAGGGGCUCAGAGGGAGCAGGGAGGGGACCUGUGUGGGAGUCAUGGAUUAAAGGAGGACAGGUCAGCAUCGGUGUGCCCUCAGUGUUGGCAUUGGCGUUGGCAAUGGGAUCAGUGGGUACAGCAUCGGGACACCUCGAUGCCACAUGUGCCCCUCACAGCCCCAAACCACCCAAACCCACCACAGGGCAGUGGGACAUGAGCAGAGCUGAGGCUGAGGGUGGCUGUGUGCACCCUGGUUCAGCACUGGAGCACAGGUGGGCUGGGUUUGGGGUCUGCUCCCCUGUUGCCCCAGGCAGUGCUGUCUUUCCUUCGUGGGGAACUGGCAGCUGCUCCAACCGGUUUGUGGGUCUGGGUGGUGACACCUCCUGCCCGAGGCCUUAUGGAGGGCUGGGAAGUGCUGGUACGGACGCCAAGGAGCAAACAAGAGCCGCUUGUGUCCUGCUGGGCACAAAGCCCAGCAGCCAGAGGGGACAAUGUGCUGCUCCCCUGGCACGGGGCCAUGGGGGGCCGGAGGCUGGGCUGGUGUUGGAGUAGUCACUGUGAGCUGGGGGAAAACUGAGGCAUGAAUGGACCCCAUCCAAAUGAUGGAGCAGAGGGUGCUGGCAGUGAUGGCAGAGACAUCCCAGUGCCUGGACACUGGCUCUUCCCCUUUGUCACGCCAGGCCGAGCCCCAGUGCUGCCCUGGGCAUGUCCUGUCGGCCCGCAGUGAUUGAGAUGCACUCGUGUGCCUGGGUGGCCUGAUCCCGGUCCCCGCGUCCUGCUCCGUGGGAGCAACCGGGAUAUUAAGUGUCAUCGCUGCAGGGAGAAAUACAAGCGGAAGAAUCCCGGGAAACUGGUUCUACCCCUCCGUCCGCUGCCGGCGGCAGGACGGCGGCUGCDGGGUGCUCCUCCCUCGGCAAAGGCAUAUAAUGCCUGCCAUGGUCCUGGCAGCCGGCACUACGCAGCGGGAGCGGGCUGGGGAGCAGGCAGAGAGCGAUGGCCUCCAUGGGGAUGCAGGUACUGGGCAUCGCCCUGUCYGUCAUCGGCUGGCUGGCCUCCAUCCUCUGCUGCGCGCUGCCCAUGUGGCGCGAGACGGCCUUCAUCGGCAACAACAUCGUGGUGGCGCAGAUCAUCUGGGAAGGGCUGUGGAUGAGCUGCGUGGUGCAGAGCACGGGGCAGAUGCAGUGCAAGGUCUAYGACUCGCUGCUGGCCCUGCCGCAGGACCUUCAAGCCGCUCGCGCCAUGGUGGUGGUGGCCAUCGUCCUGGCCAUCCUGGGCACCCUGCUGGCCGUCACUGGUGGCAAGUGCACCAACUGCGUGGAGGACGACACUGCCAAAUCCAAGGUCAUGAUCCUCUCUGGCAUCAUCUUCAUCAUCGCUGGUGUCCUCAUCCUCAUCCCCAUCUCUUGGUCGGCCAACAGCAUCAUCCAGGACUUCUACAACCCGAUGGUCUCUGACUCGCAGAAGCGGGACCUGGGCUCGUCCCUCUACGUGGGCUGGGCGGCCUCGGCGCUGCUGCUGCUCGGAGGGGGGAUCCUGUGCUGCACCUGCCCCCCCCGCGGAGAGAAGCCCUAUUCCGCCAAGUUCACGGCCGCUCGCUCUCUACCGGCCAGCAACUACGUGUAGGAGGCRCCGCGCCUGCCUGGACACCCCGGCCACUCCAGGGAACGGGGACCUCCCGGGACACGCAGCCCCCCCGGCCGGGCUGGGACUGGCCGGGCGCCGGGGCGGUGCGAGGGAGGGCAGACAGAGACGCCUUUGUUCCACCGGGACUGAAGCYGGUUCUUUAAUCUCGGUCGAGACAGGGAACAAGGAGAUCCUGUCCUGGCUGCCCGCGGUGGGGGUCCUGCUCCCCCGGGAGCUGAGGCAUCUUCUCMGAGACACCACCCGAUCCCCUCCUCGAGCGUUUCCUGGCUCCCGGUAUCGGGGUGUGCCAUGCGGUGACACAGCUCCCGGGAGCCCGUCCCACGGGUGGCACAGGGCUCUCACGGGGUGAAGCUCCCCGGAACGUGUCUGUGCCUCGGGAUGGGUGGCGGUGUCGGUGCUGGCAGGGACAGCGAACCUGUCCCACGUGAUCACGGGGACGUGGUGGCUCUGCAGACCCUGGCAGGGUCGUGAGGGGUGACAAAGAUCUCAUCUGCCCGUUCCCUAAAUUUUGACUUUGACCUACUUUCGGGGCUCGGAGCGGCCGUACGGAGYGCGAUUUCUCUCCCCAGGGCGGGGGCAUCAUUAUCCUGGGAGUGGGAAGGCAGCGGCCGGGCUGGGAGAACCGGUCGGGGAGGCGGGACCGGUGCGGGGCUGUGCACCCGCAUGGCGGGGGGCGACUCCCGGACCCGACCCCCCAUCCAUCGCCCCAGAGUGGGGUGCCCGGGGGAGGGARGGAGUGGCUCAUGGUACCCCUUGGCUGUGCUGCCUUCCGUCCUCACGCCCAGCUCCCCGCAUUAAACGGCAGCUGCUCAGA